CUGCGAGUGGUUUUCUCGGAUCUCAAGUGGGAAAGCAGCUCUCCAGUACGGGAAGAAGCAUUUUGGAAAGCUGUCGUACGAUUGUCACAUGGGCGGUCGAGUUGCUAAAAUUGGCUCUAGUGACAGCACAAUUUGGGUGGCCAGAGGUGAGGCACAAG